CCGAAAAACGGCGAAGUUUCGAUGCUGCGUCGUGAUAGUGAUACAGCGUGUUAUUCCUUUUUAUAUAACUCAUAAUAAAUAACACUAAAAAUACAUAAUAGGUGACACUUACGUGAGUUGACCACCAGGAUGCCUGUUCUCUACCCAAGCCUGCCGCAUGGGAUGCCAGGCAGUGGCAGCAGUGGUUUGAAUCCCAGUCUAGGCCUUGGUUUCCACAGCAUGGAGAGUUCGCUCGAGGCAGCGGGAAUGUUAGUGGACAAGCACAUGAAUGUUGACAGGAAUUACCCAGAGCUGUCUGACUUAUUACAGACUCCGGCACAUGAUUGCCCGACUGUGAGUGGACUCAACGACUAUGACUACCCAAGCCUCGGUGUGCCGAGCCCAGCUCUGCCAUCUCUACCCCAGACGAAUUUUGCCAAGAAGGUGCCUCUGCCACCUGAACUCGUUGAGCAGUUUGCACACAUGCAAUGUAAUUGCAACAUGGGACUAUUUCCUGAAAUCAGUAGAGCGUGGCUGACUAUUGAUAGUGACAUAUUCGCCUGGAACUACGAAAAUGGGAGCGAUCUGGCGUACUUUGACGGACUGAACGAAACGAUUCUCAGCGUCGCACUCGUCAAACCGAAACCACGAAUAUUCCAGAGCCACAUAGAGUUCCUGCUCUGCUUGGCGACACCUGUGGAUAUUGUUCUUCUGGGCGUGAGCUUUGCACAGUCCCAAGAGGGUAUGGUGGGCGGCGGUGAGCAGCCAGGCCACGCUGAGAUGCACCUGCUGCCGGAGCCGCUGUUCUCGAUACCGACGGACAACGCGUACGUGACGAGCGCGCGCGGCACUGACGACGGACGCAUCUUCCUCACGGCUCGGGAUGGAUGCCUCUACGAGCUCUUCUACCAGGCCGAGGAUGGCUGGUUCAGCAGGAAGUGUAGGAAGAUCAACCACUCGCACAGCCGAUUGUCGCUGUUCCUCCCCGCGUUCAUCAACUUCUCGUUCUCCGACGAAGAUCCGCUGGUACAAAUCGACACGGACGAUGCGAGACACAUUCUCUACACGCGUUCAGAGAAGGGAACGAUACAGGUGUUUGACCUGGGCAGGGAUGGCCUGGGAAUGACCAAGGUGGCUUCUCUCACGCAGCAGUCGAUUCUCUACAACGCAUCGCUCAUCGCAAGAACGAUAGACAAGUCAAACUUCAAGCCUAUAGUACACAUUGCAGCAUUGAAAGGCAGUGAGUCAGCCAACCUUUAUCUGCUGGCAAUCACACACACAGGUAUACCCCCACCCACUACGACCGUGGUGCUGGACGGGCGAUCGUGGGCGCUAGCCGAGGUCGAGUCGGCGGCGUUGCCAUGGAGCUACGUGCCGACGGAGUUUGCGGCGUGGCGACGACCCGACCCGCCCGCCGUCGUCACGCAGCACGUGUUCCCGCCGCGACGCUUCGUCAUCCUCACCCGCCAGGGUAGCUAUCUGUUUGACUUGCUGAGACCAGUGGACCAGCUGAAACAGCUUCUGGUGAGGAACAGCGGGCCGGACUGUGAGGCAGUGAAGGCCUUCUUCACACUACACCAGACGACCGUGGUGCUGGACGGGCGAUCGUGGGCGCUAGCCGAGGUCGAGUCGGCGGCGUUGCCAUGGAGCUACGUGCCGGCGGAGUUUGCGGCGUGGCGACGACCCGACCCGCCAGCCGUCGUCACGCAGCACGUGUUCCCGCCGCGACGCUUCGUCAUCCUCACCCGCCAGGGUAGCUAUCUGUUUGAUUUGCUGAGACCAGUGGACCAGCUGAAACAGCUUCUGGUGAGGAACAGCGGGCCGGACUGUGAGGCAGUGAAGGCCUUCUUCACACUGCACCAGGAGGCCCAGGCCGCCGCUACAGCCCUCAUCCUCGCUUGCUCCAAGGCUGCCGUCGAUCAACAGGUGUGUGAGUGGGCGACGCGAGCCUUCUUCCUCUACGGGGGUGAACCGAGGAUGGUGUUCCCUGCGGUCGCGGACGGACAGGGAUCGCAGACCGUGCUGCAGCCUACCAACCUCAUCGGUGCUGGCGCAUUCAGUUCUCCUAUGGAAGGCAGCACCACCUUCAUGGGUAGUCCUGCUACGGUGGGAAGAGGUUUCAACCCGCAGCAGAUGUCGACGCCCAACGUUGCAUUCAGCACGCCUGCGAUGCGUUCCGGCGGCUUCCAGCAGGUGGCGCCGCCGACGGUGUCGUCGUCGUCGUACGGCCAGCAGCAGCUCGGACCGGAGGUGCAGUUCUCCGGCAAGCACAGCGGCAUUCAUCUGUACUUCUGCAGGAUCCUCGGUGCUAUGUGGGAGUCCAGACUAGUAUCAGAUUUCCCAUACCAGACCUCACAAGGUCAGGCCAUUUACUUGUCGAGCAGCUACAGCAGCGAAGAGCUAGGCUGGUACGUCGAGCAGCUCACCGCUCUCAAGCUGUUCCUCGAGAGAAACCAGCAGUUCAGCAGCAACAACGCCACGCCCGACAGGGGAGGGAUGCUGCCGCAGAACGUGCAUCAGCGCAUGCUCAGCUUCAUGCAGCCUGACGCGACCGUGUCCGUAUCGGCCGCCGGACACAUGGACCAGGUCCAGCAGCAGCUGCAGUCCAAGUACCAAGCUGAGGCUCAGGCGCAGGAGAAGAGCUCGUUGAUGAACCUGUAUCGUCUCGUUGUGCGAGCGUGUGAGACAAUCGGUCUCUGGAAGAUCCUCUGUGACCAUCAGUUCCACAUCGUUGUAGCCAACCUCAGCCGGGAGAUGCAGUCUCAGCUACACACUCUCACGUUUAAGGAGUUUGUCAUCGCAGGCAAGGAGAUCGCGAACAGCCUGAUCCUGUGUCUGAUCAGCCGUUACCUUGGCGACAACGCGACGACAGACGCCAUUAGCAGCAGACUGCGCGAGGUGUGUCCGUCGCUGUACAGCCACAAUGACUCCGUCUGUGCGAAGGCGAGCGAGGUGCUGCAGAUGUCGAAGUCAACGCAGAACAAGCAGGACAGGCACGGCAUGCUGGAGGAGUCGCUGCAGAGAUACAAGGAGAUCUCCACGCAGCUCAACCUGCCACUCAUCUGCAGCCAGUUCCAGGAAGUUCACUUCUUCGCGGGCGUCGUCGACAUCUGCCUGACGGCGGCUACGAAGCGAGACCCGCGCGGCCUCGCGCUGCACUACUACAAGAACGGAGAGCCGCCCGACGACCAGCAGGGCAUGGAGGCAUUCGCCAUCAGGUCGGACUGCUACGCGUGUAUAACAGACACGCUGCGCAGGCUGCUGGAGAUAUGCAUGCAGCAUCCGCAGGCACCCAGCGUUCCCGUCGCGCCCGGCCCGCCGCCCGCUCCCGAUCACAACCGGCUGACACCGGCGCAGGCCGAGCAACAGAUGGAGAAGAUGCUGCAGAUGGCGCUGAAGUCAGAGGACGAGCUCUUCCACAUGGUGCUCUAUGAUUGGCUGCUUGAGAUGGAACUGACAGACAAGCUGCUAGAGAUCAAGUCUCCGUAUGUCGAGUCGUACCUGAAGAGGGCGAUGUCGCAGCGGCGGGAGCGCGACGACGACGACCUCGCGACCCUUGACCUUCUGUGGAAGUACUACGAGCGCAACCAGCGGUACAUGUCUGCGGCGCGCAUCCUAGCCAAGCUCGCCGACCGACAGGG